UAUAUCUAAAAAAUCAUAUUCUAAGUCCAAUGUGAGACAAAUUUAUUAUUUAUAAAUGUAGUGUGUUUAGUAAAUUUGAUGAGUGGUAAAUGCGAUAUUUAUUGCAAAUCUUUCGUAAUAUGAACGUGUGAUGACAUUACAAUAAACUACAAAAAUGUAUUGUGCAUUGCGGAAAUGCUUUUGUAGAAAAAAUGCAGUAAGAGCUUUAAGUACGGGUGAAGUAUCUACUGCACUACGACCUUUUUAUUUUACCGUGCAUCCCGAUCUAUUUGGACAAUAUCCCACACAAAGAACAGUAAAUGAAAAUUCUUUAAAACAGUUAAGUUCUAUUAUAGAAAAUUUACAACAACAAAGACCAGUAAGACCUACAACUUUACCAUUCUACUUACGUUCCAAAAAUGAAAAAGAACUUAAAGCUGGAAAAUUUACCUUAGUUCAGAUACAAUUAAAAGAAAAAGAUCUAAGACAAACUAUACUCUCUAUUUUGAAGACAUGUGAUUUGCCAACAACAUUUGUAGAUCAAAUUGAAGAACAAAAACCACCAAAAAGUACACAAUACAAAUCAAAAUUUUGGCAAAGAAAAGGUGUUGGAGAGGAUAUAGAUUUUUCAGAACUAGAAGAUGAUCCCAUUUAUGCAUCUAUUUUAAUGAAAAAGAAAAUUAAUGCAGAACCUGAUACUUUUAAAGCAUAUUUAGAUAAACAUAUUAACGAAGUACAUGUGAAGUUAGAAGCAUGUAGACCAAUAAGGGAGGAAGUACAAAAGUUAGAAAAAAUAUUAUGCUCUGAAUUAGGUUUAAAAAACAUUAUAUGGGACUGUGGAUGGAACAUAGCUCAUUACAGAGGGUGUUUAUUAGCUUUUAAAGCAUUAGCUGAACAUCAUCCUGAACCGAUGGAGGUACUCAAAAAUAGGACACUUGUAUUUGCUAAUGAUACAGGCAUUAGCUUAGAAGGAAAUGUCAUGUUAAAUUCAGGUGAAAUUAGGCACAAUUGGCUUGAUUUAAUUAAAAAUAUUCAGAAGUAUGAUGUGGUAUUAUUAAGAUUACCAGCUUUUGAAAAGGCAGUUUCACAAGUGCUUCUUGACAUUAAAGUUGGUCGACGGAAAUUCAUGCCGAAAGUAAUGGUUAGCCAGUAUGAACGUCAGCUUCGUCAACUUACCACAACCCUCUCGGAUUAUCGAGGACGACGGAAUUAUCCGAAAGUGUGGCCAGCUAAUUUAUCUGCUUAUGAAAUUGUAAUUGAAGCUGAAGCAGGUCCCCUUAUGCUCUCUCCUACUGGGCAAUUUAUAGUUCCAUCUUCGUGUCCAAGUUUCCUUUUAGUAAACUUUAUUACUGAUAAUUUAGAAGAAGCUACUAAAAGAUUACAUCAUUACAAUAACAUAAAACAUGUAGAACAUGAACUUCAUGAUAAAACUGUCCAAGAAUUGGGAUUGACUGUUUUAAAUAAGGAUGACAGUAUUACCCCUGAUUUAAUGAUACAAUGUUGCGAACGUUUAUUAUUGCAUAAAAAGAUUUUAGCUCCUUUAUUGAAAGGUGUUAUGCUUUGGAUAACACAUUAUUAUUCUGUUAUGAGUGAUGGUGUAUUAUGUAUUCCAUGGGAUUGGAAAUUUUAG